UGGCUGCAAACUGAGCGCUAACUACCGCGGACACCGAGUCCGGGAAGGGAGGUGCAGCACAGAGAGAGGGAGAGGUGGAAAAGGAGAGACGCAGAACCGAGGAGCCACAAUUAUUCACGCAUCUGGGUGGCAGAUGGACAACAAGCUACAGCCGAGGCUGAACUGAGCUAAGCUAGCGGGGGAGACCUCUCCUCUCCUCUCCUCUCCCUCCCAGAGGAGACACGGCGACCGCAGGAGUUGCUUUGACACCAGCGAAGCGGGGGAAAGGUGCAGCGCGGAGAGUGGGGACACAGACCUGGCCGAGAAACACUGCUGCGGAGACGGGCUCCAUUCCUGCCUCAGUCCCUGAAGCGCCAGGCAGACAGGGGGGAGGCGGAGAAGGGAUUGAGACACGGGGCUGAAACUCUGGAGGAGGGCGAUAAGAAUACAUUGGUGGCGCGUCGCUCCGAGAGGCGUUGAAAGAUUCGCGGAUCUCCCGGCGAUCUCGUCUCACCUCAGCCUGGAGGAUGGCUAAAUGGGACUCGCCGUGGAAGUAUUACUGGGGAGUUAUGUUCGCACUCUGCAAGAGCGCCUUGCCUUUGGCCAAGAGUUUGGACCCAGUCGCCUGGCAUUCCCAGAACGUAAAGUUCCAAUUUGGAAAAGGCCUGGUAUUGUACCCAGAAAUUGGUGACAGGCUGGAUAUAAUCUGCCCAAAAACGAACAAUCAAGGCCUAUAUGAAUAUUACAAGUUGUACCUGGUGACCAGGGACCAGUCAGAAACAUGCAGAACCAUCAUCAACCCCCACUUGCUGGUCACGUGUAGCAAACCUGAUAAGGAAAUAAAAUUCACCAUCAAAUUCCAGGAGUACAGCCCCAAUUACAGGGGGCUGGAGUUCAAAAAGGGCCAGGAUUACUUCAUCAUCUCUACAUCAAAUGGGUCGUACGAAGGUUUGGAGAACAGAAAUGGUGGAGUGUGCAAAACUCGAUCCAUGAAAAUAAUUAUGAAGGUUGGACAAGAUCCAAACACAAGACCAGCGCUGAAUGAGAAAGAUCCUACCAAAGCACCAAGUAAAGGCCAGGACAACACAGUGAAGAACGUUGUCUCCCUCUGGAAAGACUCAUCUUCAGAAGAGAAAUCUGGGAACACAGCCACCGACAGUCAGAUUAAAGACAAGCUGAACAACAGUGGAGGAAUCUUUGGCUCCAAAAUGGCGCUCUUUGCUGCAAUUGGGGCUGGAUGCAUCAUUUUCAUCCUCAUCAUCAUCUUCCUUGUGGUGCUGUUAAUAAAGUUCAGAAAGCGACACAGGAAGAGUUCCCAGCAGAGGUCAGCUGUCCUUUCCCUCAACACCUUGGCCAGCCCAAAGUGUAGUGGAAAUAGCGGCUCAGAGCCCAGUGACAUUAUAAUCCCGCUGAGGACUAAUGACAACAACUACUGUCCUCACUAUGAGAAAGUUAGUGGCGACUAUGGCCAUCCAGUCUACAUUGUCCAAGAGAUGCCUCCACAGAGCCCUGCAAAUAUCUACUACAAGGUUUGACAGCCAAGACACAGGAGAAUUUGGAAUGGUGCCUGGCCUGCUUAAUGAUAUCUAAAGCUUCUCCUGAAACGUACAGACUUCCCGUAUACAAAAUGUGUUUGGGAGAGUAUAGAUAAGACUAUGACAGUGGCCAUCAAGGAAGGUUUCAGUAUUA